UUUCUGCUGAACGAUGCAUUUCUCUGAUUUCAAUCAACAAUCUGAAGCUUGCUAAAAAUUCAGGGUUUCGGCUGAAAAAUUCCUUGCCAGUUGAUUGCUGGAUUUAGAUCAGUGACAAAGCUGCAUUUGUACCAUAUAUAUAUAUAUAUAUAUAUAUUUAAUAAAGAUGCUUUUCUAGGUCCUGAAGAAUUGGCUUGUGAGACGCCAACUGAGAAAGACAUGGCGUUUCAGAAAUUCUUGACUAUUUCACUCUGCCGGCGGUCAAUUUUUUAUAUGUCACUUUGGCGGUUUGGCUCAUUCCCGAGUCAUUAUUGACAGUCGUAUCCACAAGAACAAACCAUCUUUGUAAAUUCAGCCAUUUGGCAAGCAAAAGUGGGCAGUGCAACAGUUCCCGCCUUGUUAUUUUCUGUUUGUUCUACGAUUCAUGAUCAAGCAAACCCCAUUUCAUAAAGGAGGCAAAAGCAGGCAGAUCAUCCUCCUCAUUUUUUUUUAAACCUUGCUUGUUUUUUCGACAAUGAACCCAGUUUCCAUUCGGGUUCUGCCGAUUUUGAUCUUUCUCCUCUUCCAUGUGUCAAAUUCUGAAGAUGAAGAAGUGAAGCAAUCACUGGUGGAAUUCUUGGACAAACUUGCAGCUGGAAAUGUUGAGAGAGAUCAAAGUUGGGGUUGGAACAUGACUUCAGACCCCUGCAAAGACAACUGGAAGGGUGUAUCCUGUGAUUUGCAAUUGAAAUCCGUAAAGAAAGUAGUUCUUGAUGAGCUAAAUCUUACUGGAGUUCUAUUUAUUGGUUCUGUCUGCAGGGCAAGCUCCCUUUCCGUGCUUAGCCUGAACAAGAACAAUGUCGUUGGAUUGAUAUCAGAAGAGAUAGGGAACUGCAAAAGAUUGACACACCUGUAUUUAAGUGGGAACCAAUUGUCCGGUGACCUUCCGGAGUCUCUGAAACAGUUAAGUAAUUUGAAAAGGUUCGAUAUAUCAGAUAAUAACUUCUCUGGCCAGGUUCCUGAUUUAUCUCGAAUUGCAGGCCUGGUUACUUUCCUUGCUCAGAACAAUCAGCUGAGUGGAGAGAUACCAAAUCUUGAUUUCUCCAAUCUGAUAAAGCUCAAUAUCUCCAACAACAACUUCAGUGGUCCAAUUCCUGAUGUUAAAAAUCGGUUCUCUGCAGACAGUUUUUCAGGUAAUCCUGAACUAUGUGGAGAAUUGGUCUCAAAGGCAUGCCCGCCAUCAGCAGCACCACCAUCAACAAGGAAAUCUAAAGAUUCAUCAAGCAAGGAUUUCCUUAUCUACUUUGGUUAUGUAGCCCUAGGCCUGAUCAUAGUGCUACUCGUUGCCUACAAAUUAGUCAGUAAGAAGAAGCCAAAAGAAGAAAAAAGUGAGGCAGUGAAAAAGGGGGUGGAAGCACAGACUAGCAGCAAUAAGACUAGUAGUACUUCCAACGAAUCCAAGACCACUAAGCAUAAGUCAGAGUAUUCAAUAAGUUCUGCUGAGAGUGGAGUGGCCUUGUCAUCACUUGUAGUUCUCACGAGUCCAACAGCCCAAGGUUUAAGAUUUGAUGACCUUCUUCGAGCUCCGGCUGAAUUGCUAGGAAAGGGAAAACAUGGAAGCCUUUACAAGGUAAUGCUUGAUAAUGGUGUGACAACCUUGGCUGUGAAGAGGAUAAAGGACUGGAGUGUUACAAGCGAAGACUUCAAGAGCAGGAUGCAGAGGCUGGACCUGGCAAGGCAUCCGAAUGUAUUGCCAUCAGUUGCAUUUUAUUGUUCCAAGCAAGAGAAGCUCUUGGUGUAUGAAUAUCAACCAAAUGGCAGUCUUUUCGGGCUCCUCCAUGGAUCCCAAAAUGGCCAGGCAUUCAACUGGGGAAGCAGAUUAAACGUAGCAGCUAGCGUUGCUGAGGCUUUGGCAUUUAUGCAUGAGGAGCUCCGUGAAGAUGGAAUUGCUCAUGGUAACCUGAAAUCCACGAACAUUCUGUUCAACAAGAAUAUGGAUCCAUGUAUCAGUGAGUAUGGACUAAUGGUGUUCGACAGUCAAGACCAAGCAUUCCAUUCUCCAUCCAACAGCUUCAUCAUCGACAAUGAUUCAGACCGAGGUCAAACCUAUGGAAGCUUUCAAGCUGAUAUCUAUGGUUUUGGGGUAAUUCUUCUUGAACUUCUUACAGGGAAGCUGGUGCAGAAUAAUGGCUUUGAUUUGGCUCGGUGGGUGCACUCCGUGGUUAAAGAGGAAUGGACAGUUGAAGUGUUUGACAAGGACUUAAUUCUGGAGGGUGCAAGCGAAGAGAGGAUGCUGAACCUGCUGCAGAUAGCACUCAAGUGCAUAAAUCCUAAUCCUCACGAAAGGCCAAGCAUAAACCAAGUUGCUGUAAUGAUCAACACGCUGAGAGAUGAAGAAGAUAGAUCCAGCUCCGAACCAUGAACACUCCUCAAUACCAUAAUGUAAAAAAAAUUUGUUGUUGGGAACCCACAAUUCCAACUCAAAUUUCUGUAAUCUACCAAUGCCAUUUUUGUAUGUUGGAAACUAUUCUUGACAGAAUAUGAAAAUAGGAAAAUGCUAAGGCGGCUG